GCGGGCGCGCGGGCCGGCCCGGGGCCUCCAUGAUGGAGGAGCGAGCGGCCGCCGCCGUCGCCGCCGCCGCCUCCUCCUGCCGUCCGCUCGGCUCGGGCGCGGGCCCGGGCCCGACGGGGGCGGUCCCGGUCUCUGCCCCCGCCCCCGGGCCCGGUCCGGCUACUAAGGGAGGCGGCGGCGGGGGUAGCCCCGGGCCCACGGCGGGACCGGAGCCCCUGAGCCUGCCCGGGAUCCUCCACUUCAUACAGCACGAGUGGGCGCGCUUCGAGGCGGAGAAGGCCCGCUGGGAGGCAGAGCGCGCCGAGUUGCAGGCACAGGUGGCUUUCCUCCAGGGAGAAAGGAAAGGGCAAGAGAAUCUCAAGACAGACCUGGUGCGGCGGAUCAAGAUGUUAGAGUACGCACUGAAGCAGGAGAGGGCCAAAUAUCAUAAACUGAAGUUUGGCACAGACCCGAACCCGGGGGAGAAGAAACCGGAACUGUCAGAACAAGUCUCCAACGGCCCUGUGGAGUCGGUCACCCUGGAGAACAGCCCGCUGGUGUGGAAGGAGGGGCGACAGCUGCUUCGACAGUACCUGGAAGAGGUGGGCUACACGGACACCAUCCUGGACAUGCGGUCCAAGCGCGUGCGGUCCCUCCUGGGACGCUCACUGGAGCUCAAUGGGGCCGCGGAGCCCAGCGAAGGGGGCCCCAGGGCCACCCUGGGCCCUGGGGGGCUCAGCGGAGGCGAGUCGCUGCUGGUGAAGCAGAUCGAGGAGCAGAUCAAGAGGAAUGCAGCAGGCAAAGACGGGAAGGAGCGCUUGGGCGGCUCAGUGCUGGAGCAGAUCCCCUUCCUGCAGAAUUGCGAGGACGAGGACAGCGACGAGGACGACGAGCUGGACAGUGUGCAGCACAAGAAGCAGCGUGUGAAGCUGCCAGCCAAGGCCCUGGUGCCCGAAAUGGAGGACGAGGACGAAGAGGACGACUCAGAGGAUGCCAUCAACGAGUUCGAUUUCCUGGGCUCAGGAGAGGAUGGGGAGGGCUCUCCGGACCCUCGGCGAUGUGCUGGGGAGGGGCCCCACCAUGAGCUGGAGAGCCGGCGGGUCAAACUCCAGGGCAUUUUGGCCGACCUGCGGGAUGUGGAUGGGCUGCCCCCCAAAGUGACCGGCCCGCCUCCUGGCACGCCCCAGCCCCGGCCACACGAAGGUUCCUUUGGCUUCUCCUCAGACGUUUUCAUCAUGGACACUAUCGGGGGCGGGGAGGUGAGCCUGGGGGACUUGGCAGAUCUCACCGUCACCAAUGACAACGACCUCAGCUGUGAUCUGUCCGACAGCAAAGAUGCCUUCAAGAAGACAUGGAACCCCAAGUUCACCCUCCGUUCCCACUACGACGGCAUCCGCUCCCUGGCUUUCCACCACAGCCAGUCGGCUUUACUUACCGCUUCCGAGGACGGCACGCUCAAGCUCUGGAACCUGCAGAAGGCCGUCACGGCCAAGAAGAAUGCUGCACUGGACGUGGAGCCUAUCCAUGCCUUCCGGGCUCACAGGGGCCCCGUGUUGGCGGUGGCCAUGGGCAGCAACAGUGAGUACUGUUACAGCGGCGGGGCAGAUGCCCGCAUCCACAGCUGGAAGAUUCCAGACCUCAACAUGGACCCCUAUGAUGGAUACGACCCAAGCGUGCUAAGCCGGGUCCUGGAGGGCCACGGGGAUGCCGUGUGGGGCCUGGCCUUCAGCCCGGCCUCCCAGCGCCUGGCCUCCUGCUCCGCCGACGGCACCAUCCGGAUCUGGGACCCCAGCAGCAACAGCCCGACCUGCCUCUGUACCUUCCCCACAGCCAGUGAUCACAGGACCCCCACCUCAGUGGCCUUCGCCAGCACCGAGCCUGCCCACGUCGUGGCCUCCUUCCGCUCUGGAGACACCAUCCUGUAUGACCUGGAGGCUGGCACUGCCCUCCUCACGCUGGAGUCCCAGGGGAGCAGCGGCCCGACCCAGAUCAACCAGGUGGUGAGUCACCCAAACCAGCCCCUCACCAUCACCGCCCAUGACGACAGAGGCAUCCGCUUCCUGGACAACCGGACAGGGAAAUGCGUGCACUCCAUGGUUGCCCACCUGGACGCAGUCACCUGCCUGGCCGUGGACCCCAAUGGCGUGUUUUUGAUGUCGGGAAGUCACGACUGCUCCCUGCGUCUGUGGAGCCUGGACAACAAAACGUGCGUGCAGGAGAUCACGGCCCACCGCAAGAAGCACGAGGAGGCCAUCCAUGCCGUCGCCUGCCACCCCAGCAAGGCCCUCAUCGCCAGUGCGGGCGCCGACGCCCUGGCCAAGGUCUUUGUAUGAUGCCCACCUGGCAGGUGGGAGUGAGGUGACUCAGCCUCAGUCUGGAGGCCUGGAGGCCCGGCCUCGUCCCGCCUGCCUCAAGCCUGGUGGUGCUAAAGGCCCUUUUCCCAGGUGGCUGUCCCCCAGCACCCAGCCUGGGGGGUUGCCUCUUGAGGAAUCACCCUCUAAGAUGGUCUCUGGGAGUUCCGUCUCUGCUCCACACCCACUCCUGGCUUCCUGGCUGCCUUCGGGCGGGGGUGGGGUGAGGGGUGUGGCAGCGCAGCCAGGGUCGGUGUCCUUGGGAAUCAGCUUUUCCAAGACUCCAGAAGGUGCCAGGCUCUGUCUUUGAACCCCCAUCCUUCCGCUCCAUCCUCCCGUACUGGGUGGGAGCUGUGCUGGGAGGAGCCCCAGGCGCCCCUGCGGUGGGUCGGAGGGCAGCCACCACGGAGCCAGCCAGACCCACCCACCCCAGGAGCACACCCAGGCCACUGCCCUGCCCUCCAGUUCCCUCAACUCAGCUUUCCAGACACUACCCAGCGCCCUCAAGGCCGGUAACUGCCUGGGGUGCAGGCGAGGCCCUCUGGGGAGGUGCCCGCCCCUACCUCCCCAAUACUCCUACAAGGGCAGCCCCCUGCCCCCCACGGGCCACCCAUGGGGAGAGAUGGCCUGUUCUUGCCCCUCUCCCUGGGGCAUGGAGGGUGGAGUGGGGUCCCCAAGGUCCUCCAUAACACCCUGUAUAUCUGUAUAAAUAAGUGGGAUUUUAAUGAACCCCCCUCCCGCCCCCAUGUCAUUAUCACCGUGUGAUAGUCUGUCCCCUCUCCUGGCCCUCUGCUCUCUCCCUCUAUUUAUUUCACUCUUUGUUUGGGUCCCCCAUGAGCCCUUGGGCCCCUUCCAGGUCCCUGUUUAUGAGCCCUGUCCCCUCUGUCCUGGACUUGUAUGUGAAACUUGCCUCAAGUAAACCCUUUGGAGUAAA